AUGGAGCUGAUGGUGCUGCUCAAUGCCCUGGUUACUCGCCUGCUCUUCGUUUUGCACUCUCUCAUCGGGGUCUGGAGAGUGACUGCGGUGAAGAAAGAACCCAAGUACUGGCUGCUGGCACUGCUCAAUCUUCUCCUGUGCCUGGAGACAGGGCUCACCCUCAAGUUUAAGCAAGGCAGAGGCUACAAAUGGUUUUCACCAGCAAUAUUUUUAUAUCUGAUUUGCACAGUACCAUCACUAUGGCUACUAGAAAUUCAUCAUGGGACUCAGUACUGUGGUAAUGAGCCUGGGGCAGUUCAGGUGAAUGUCAGCAACCAAGACUUCAAUCAAUCCAGAGACAGUAGUCAUGGAAGUGAGGGAACAGAUCACAACAUCAUUCAGACGGCUAAAGUCUUUGUCAAUCAGCUCUCCACAAUCUGUGAGACUGUAUGGACACUGGCCCUACACCAGACUUUUCUACUGCUGCUAGUAGUUGGGAGAUGGCUUCUCCCCAUCGGAGUUGAAAUCACUCGGGAUCAGCUGUCUCAGCUGCUUCUCAUGUUUGUGGGAACAGCAGCAGAUAUACUUGAAUUUGCUAGUGAAACCCUGGACAUCGAGGAUGUUCGGAAGAAUUACACUCUCAUCAAUGCAAUUCUUGCUGUAUGGACAUGGAGUAUGUUACAGUUUCCACUUGAUCUUGCAGUACAGCACAUUGGCUGCAAACCAACUGCAUCGGCCAGGCGGAUCCCCAGCCUGUUGCUGUGCAGGUACAGCGCGGAACUGUGGAACAUCGGGGUCAGCCUUUUCAUACAGGAUGGGCCCUUCUUCAUUGUGCGUUCAAUCCUGAUGGGCCACUUCAGAAUAUUCAAUCAGAUGCUGGUGUUUUUUACAGCUAAAAAUGUCUUAGUUGUGACUCUACAGUUGUAUCGUCUGGCGGUGAUAACGUUAGACUUCCGUACUACCAUUCUGCAGAAGAGCAGGAAAGGUGAAGUCUGCUGCUGCCCAUGUGAGCCUUACGAAGCUCGUACUCAUGCUACAGGUCAUCAAGAUAAUGAAAUGAAAGAGUUUGUCGCAUUUCUUCCAAAAAAGGAAUCCCAAGCUCCAGCAGAAGAUCAAUGA